UUGUAGACCCGGUCUGAUGAACAUGAUUCAUGCUUCCUGCUGUUGCCAGCCCUGAUUCAGAGGAUCAUGGUCGACCGAUUGGUAAACAGCGAGGCCAAUGCCAGGCGUAUCGCGAUGGUCGAAAACUGCUUUGGCAGUUCGGGUCAGCCGCUCGCGGUACCUGGCCGAGUUUUGGUGGGAGAAGGUGUCCUGACAAAGAUGUGCAGGAAGAAGCCCAAGCCCAGGCAAUUCUUUCUCUUCAAUGACAUAUUGGUCUAUGGAAAUAUUGUGAUUAAUAAAAAAAAGUACAAUAAGCAACAUAUAAUACCACUGGAGGAGGUAAAAUUAGAGUCUCUAGCUGAUGAGGGUCAAUAUCGUAAUGGGUGGCUCAUUAAAACAGUAACAAAGUCGUUUGCUGUUUAUGCUGCUACCGCAACAGAGAAGCAAGAAUGGAUGGCACAUAUCACAAAAUGUAUUGAAGAUUUAUUAAGAAAGAGUGGCAAAAAGCCUGUCGAAAUUCAUGCAGCGGUCUGGGUACCAGAUAAUGAAGCUACAAUUUGCAUGCACUGCAAUAAGACACAGUUCACAGUAUUAAACAGACGGCAUCACUGUAGGCAAUGUGGAGCAGUAGUUUGCGGUCCCUGCAGUAAUAAAAAAUUAUUGUUACCUGGACAAGGAAACGGGAAGGCCGUCAGAGUGUGUUUACAAUGUUACGAUGCCGCUAGUAAAAUCAAAGCUAUACCCACAACUGCUGUGAAUAGCUUAAAUAACAAAGAUCAGCAACGUAAUUCCGCCGAUAGCUCAGGAGGGGACAGCUCUGGAGACGACGAUGAAGGAAAUAAAGAAGAGAAUCAUGAUGAGCCUAAAUUCUAUUCGACACUCGGCCGAUGAAGAUGAUUGCACACAGCAAACAAUAUCACAGAAUAUAAAAAUUUUACAGAUAUUUUUAAAAAAA